GCCGUUAGUUUGCCACCAAGCGACAAAGAGCACUACCAGUACUGACUACUGACAUGUUCCUCCAGAUUGUGACUUUUUUUGCCUUGCUGGCCAGCACUUAUGGCGCAGUGACUCCCUUGGGCUUGGAGCCCCAGUUGCCGCCGGGUGGCAGGAUUGUGGGAGGCAUAGCCACGUCCAUUGAGCAACAUCCCUGGCAGGUUUCCGUUCAGCGUUCCGGUGCCCACUUCUGCGGAGGUUCCAUCAUCAGCAACAACAUCAUAGUGACCGCCGCUCACUGCCUAGUUUCUCCGUCCACGGCCUCCAACCUCCGGAUCAGGGCUGGCUCCCAUAAUAGAAUCUAUGGAGGCGUGCUCAUCCAGGUGGCUGCCAUCAAAAUCCAUGAGGGCUACAACACAAAAACCUUGGUGAACGAUAUUGGAGUGAUGCGUCUGCAGUCAAAGCUAACCUUUGGCUCCACCAUUAAGGCCAUUGCAAUGGCCAGUUUGACUCCAUCUCACGGAGCAGCGGCCAGCAUCUCGGGCUGGGGCAAGACCGCCUACGAUGGCUCAUCCUCAUCGACGCUGCUCUAUGUGGACACCAAAAUUGUGGGUCGCUCGCAAUGCGCCAGUUCCACCUACGGAUAUGGUUCCUCCGUCAUGGCGACUAUGAUCUGCGCGGCGGCAGCUAACAAAGAUGCGUGCAAGGGUGACUCUGGCGGACCUCUGGUAUCCGGAGGUCAGCUCGUGGGCAUCGUCUCCUGGGGAAGGGAGUGCGCCCUGGCCAAUUUUCCAGGCGUCUACGCCAAUGUGGCCGAACUGCGGAGCUGGGUCCUUCAGGCCCAGAACACUGUCUAGUGUAAGUUAGUUUAAGUUAAGCACAAUAAAAAACCAACUCGUAGUUGAAAAUGCA